GAUGUGUUUGUGCGGCAGUGAAAUCAAACACCUGCGCGAUCAAACAUCAGCAGCGCGAUGAGCACCGGCACCUCGAAACCACUGGCAUCCUCCGGGCAGAAAUCUCUGCAGGACAUCUGCCACCCGCUGUCCGCGGAGGAGUCCGCGCUGAGCCUCCACACCAGCAGUACCGGAGAGAAGGACCUGAGCCUGCCCAAUGGGACUCCAGUAGAUACAUCAAGCCCUGCCUCCUCCUCUUCUCUACUAAACCGACUGCAGCUGGAUGAUGAUUUGGACGGAGAAACACGUGACCUGUUUGUGACUGUAGACGACCCCAAGAAGCACGUGUCUACUAUGGAGACAUACAUCACCUACAGAGUCUGCUCAAAGACCACCAGAACAGAGUUUGACCUGCCUGAGUUCUCUGUAAGACGACGCUACCAAGACUUUGACUGGCUGAGAAACAAAUUAGAGGAGAGUCAACCCACCCAUCUUAUACCACCUUUGCCUGAGAAGUUUGUAAUGAAGGGAGUGGUGGACCGGUUUUCAGAGGAGUUUGUGGAGACCAGGAGAAAGGCACUUGAUAAGUUUCUCAAACGUGUAGCAGACCAUCCAGUCCUUUCUUUCAAUGAACACUUCAAUGCCUUUCUCUCUGCAAAGGACUUGAAUAAGCGUUUGGGUCUGGCUCUGCUCACUAAAAUGGGGGAAUCGGUGAAGUAUGUGACAGGAGGUUAUAAACUGAGGGGAAGGCCGAUAGAGUUUGCAGCCAUGGCUGACUAUCUGGAUGUGUUCACACAGAAACUGGGCACCAUAGACAGGAUAGCACAGAGGAUCAUCAAAGAGCAAUCAGAGUACCUGGUGGAGUUGAGGGAAUACGGGCCUGUGUACUCUUCAUGGGCGUCUUUUGAGGAAGAUCUUCAUGAUUCUCUGGAGGGUGUGGCGGGAUGUGUGUCAAACUGCUCUAGCGCUCUGGAGGAGCUCACGGAGGACAUGAGUGAAGACUUCCUGCCUGUGCUCAGAGAAUAUGUCCUCUAUAUCGAAUCCAUGAAGAAUGUACUUAAGAAGAGAGACCAAGUCCAGGCAGAAUACGUAACCAAACUGGAGGCAGUGGUGUUCAGAGAGGACAAAAAGACACCGGUGCCCACUGAUGUGGAGAGGUGUCAGGACCGUGUGGAGUGCUUCAAUGCCGACCUGAAGGCCGACUGGGACCGCUGGCAGAACAACAAACAUCAGGACUUCAGACAGCUGCUCACAGGCAUGGCUGACAAAAACAUCCAGUACUAUGAGAAGUGCCUUGCAGCAUGGGAGUCCCUUAUUCCAUUGUUACAAGACAAACAGGAAGCAAAAGGCGAAACAAACUGAGCACGUAUUUCACCCACUCUGUCACUGGUAUGGCUGAGAGGUCAUGACCCUGUGAGCGGCCUUUGGCCCAUACAACACAAUCAAAGAUUUCACAGUUAAGCCAGGGAAGGAAGGGAAAUUACCACAUGGACAAGCUACAAGAUUGACAUUUUGUAAAGCCUCUAUUUGUGAAAACCCAUCCAACCAACCCCUCUCUCUUUCUCUGACAGUUUGUGGAAGGAGAAUCUGUAAUUGCCUCUUCUUAUCUCAAGCUAGAACUGCAGAACCACAGAUCUGGGAACAUUUAAACGCUUGUGGUGUGGAGGGGAAUACGAGAGGAGAAGUUUUGAUGACGUCAACCAAUUUGUAGUUUUAGUGAAAUGUUUGCCAAUAAUGCUUGUCUUUUGAAGCUAUCCGCAAGGGAACAAAAACUAUAGUUUUUUUUCUUUGUUUUUUGUUGAGCCCAUGAAGAGUCUGCCAACAUUCCUCUUGCCAAAGAUGUGGAACGGAAGUUCGAUAUCUCAUUAAAAAAAUAAUAAAACUGCACUUUUUCCCCCCAAAGAAACUUUGGACAUUGGCACCACAAAACACUUGCUUCAUUAAGUCUGAAUAAGUUGUUGAGUUGAAAUGAAGGAUGUUUUCCUAGCCAUACUUGAUCUCAUUAAAUAUUUAUGAUAAAAUGUGUCGUAAUGAUUUGUACUUGUCAUUAUACUGAGCCAAUUUAUCGAAUUAUUUUUUUAUUUUUUUAGUUGAGUAGUCAUGUCAGGUUUGCAGUGUCAACAGACAUAACACACAAAACUCUGGGAUGUUAAUGUGGAGUGGUUUGUCUCCAAUGGUAUAAAUACACCAAUUUCGAAAAAGCUUUUCAUAAAAGCAUAGUUAUAAAGGUUUGGUUCAAAUGUUACUCCAGAAGGUGAGCUCCAAAAUAUCUGUUGACAUCGACAUUACUAUCACUUGCACAUUGCGUAUAAAUACCAUUAAUACAGCGUUAAUAUUUUUGUCUAAUUCUGAUUCUGUCAUCGGUUACUCACCCUUAUGUUGUUUCAAAUAUGUUUGACUUUCUUACGUGGAACACUAAAGGCAAAAUUUCUGCCACAACAGUCCCAAAGACAGACUUUCUAAACAACAUUGUUGAUGCCAAGCAUCUAUAGAAGCAAUUCUGAAUGUUCUUCUUAAUACUUUGCUUUUAGAUGUUAUAAUUAUUAAUCAUAUAAACAACAGUGACUGCAGUAAAGCUCAAUAUGCUCUUUUUAUUAGGUAUUUGCCUGUUUCUGAGGUAGUUUACUUAAAGACAAAACACAGCAGCAGGGAUCUUCAUGGAAGGACCUCUGAACACAGUUCGUGUUUAAAUGAUCAAAUUACCUUUAUUUUGACAUUUCAGUUCGUUUCUAGUCAUAUCAAAUGUUGACAGUUUUUGGUUUAUUGAAGACAAAGCAAUUAAAUCAGAACUGGCCCUCUGGUGUUUUGUCUUUGUAUCAACAGUAACUGCAGCAUAUGAACUGGAACGUAAUAUUUGUUGCCACCUGCUGUAGGAGCAGUUAGUGCAGCAGCAUUUCUGACAUCAGUUGUCUUCUUUUCCUUUAUCCCUUCACAAAACAGAAACAAAUCCUCCCAAUUUAUUUUUGAAGCAUAUAGUCUGUUUCUGUUUAGCUUUGCUGAGCUCUAAUUCAUGUAAUUCAUUUUAGCGAAGACGCUAGGCAUAAAGAUUCACCUGUCAAACCCAUUAAAGGAAUAGUCCAGGUUCAAUACAUGUUAAGUUCAAUUGACAGCAUUAGUGGCAUAAUAUUAAUGACCACAAAAAUUAAUUUAGACUUGCCCCUGUUUUCUUAAAAUAAAAGCAAAAAUCUGGGUUACAGUGAGGCACUUGUGAGGGCGAGCCAAUUUUUUUAUGUUAAAAUUCUCACUUUUUCAAAAGUAUAGCCACAAGACAAAAACAAUAUGUGUGUAAACAUGAUUUUAGUGUGAUAAAAUCACUUACUAAUCUUUUCUGUGCAAAGUUAUAACCAAUUUUACAACUUCAUGACAUUACAUCUUCAUGGCAAACAAAUCCUGUAUACUGUAAAAAAGAUGAUUUAUACAACUUUACAGCUCAAAUAAUACCUACAUUUUAACAGUGCUUAUUUAUAUAAUUAUAAGCUUCACCUUUCUGCCACAUUUCUGCCAUUUCACAUUAAACCCUCCCAAAAUUGGCACCAUUCACUUCCAUUGUAAGUGCCUCUCUGUAACCUCAAUUAAGCUUAACUUGUAUUGAACCCGGAAUAUUCCUUUAAGCCUUUUACUGUAUGUGUCUGUACGUUUUCAUUUGUUUUGAUCUGAUGAUCUAUUUAUGUUACAAAGGCAGCUAUAUGACUUUGUGUUGCUUUGAUGCAUGUUGUUCUUUAUGAAGAUGUAAAAUAUUGUUUAUACUGGCAAUGAUUAAAAUAAGUUUACACAGGGACAGGUAAAUGUGAAAUUACUGUAGUGUAAUUAUAUGAAUUGUCAAAAGGAACAGCUGAAAUAACUGGUCCAUUUGUGUCAUUCUUACUGUUUACAUUCUUCAAGAUUGUGUUAAACACCAUUUCUUGCUGAGAUAUUAUAUUUAAUAAUUGUAGCAUGAGUGUGUCAUGUUUACUUACUGUACAGAUCAGUCCAUGGGGGUAUAGAGACAUAUAAUUAAACUCUUCCAGUAAAUUAAGAAAAUAAACCAUUUUAAAGCAAGUACAGCAGUGUUUGUUUAUUUAGUGGUUAUUCCCUUUGGAUUUGUAUUAAUCAAAUAUAACUUGUUCUCAAGCUCUUUUAGCAUAAACUGUUUAUUGAUAAAAUGUAAAAAUGGGUCUCCAAAAAGAGGAAUAGCUUGUAUAGUGUCGUUGUUUGAUGCUGCUACUUUUACCUCAACUGAUUUUAA